UGAUAUUACUGCUUGACAAAAUUGAUUGCUAAAGUUUUUAUGAAUUUUUUUUAAUUGUUUUAAAACUAAAAUUGUUAAAUUGAUCUUAGAUUGUUAUGCAUUUUGAUCUGUCAUGUAAUGUGUGCAGAGAAAGUGAUGAAUGUCUGUCUUGACCACCGCAGCAACCAUAGUUAACAUGUCUGUGAACACUGUCUCCUCUCUUAGAACUGUGCAGGUUUUUACAAUUACUGAAGUGGAACUGAAGGAAAUGUUCUUAUCAUCAUUGGACGCACACUCAUCCCAGUUGAUGAAGCUGUCCAGAUCACGUGAAGCACUUGGAAAAGACCUCAGGGCUCUUCUGGACAUCUUUGAUGACCAGGAAAUACAACUGAUGUGGCCUCAGCUCUCCGAGGUCUGCCUUUCUAUUUGAGGGAGGAGCUAGACAACUUUCUGAAGACGUGUCUGGAUACAGACUCGGAGGAAAUGUGUGUCAAAGGGGUCGAGCUCAUCCUCAUCUAUGACUCGAGAACUGCCUUCAUCCUUCUGUCUGGACUUAUCUACGCUCUCAGUCUGGACUACCCCAUAGGGUCGCACACUUGAGGCCUGUCAUGAACUUUGGUACAGAGUGCUCUGGCCUUGUUCAGGCCUGCCAUGAAAACACACCCAUACAUUCAUGUCAGUUUGUUUCAUUAGUCAUGUGUUUGUGUAGUUUUAACCAUCCUAUCUGUAUUCAGUGUUUCUUCAAUGCUGAUUUGUUUCUCAAAAGACAAAUGGUAGGUAUGAGGUAAUGAUCCUGUGCUUAAAAGGAUAGUUCACCGAAACAGAAAAUUACGCUGCUUCUAGUCGAGUGUGAAUGUUGGGGCUUCUGGACACUUGGAUGACACCACAGGAGCAGUAUGGGGGCAUGUUAUGUUUAAAAAAAAUGUAUCCCCAGUUACUUAAGUUGUAUUGGAUUCUGCUGUAAUGCUGUUUCGCCCUGAAACUCCAAAAGUGUUUUGUGGACUCUGGACACUUUAUCCACCCCUCCAUCAGCAUAGUGGUAAGUAGAUAAUGAGUGAAUUUAAAUUUUUCUGUGAACUAUCACUUUAAGGUGUAAUGUGUUAUUCUGUUACAGCCACAUUGUGACUUGCUUUUCCAUAUGCUUUGUUUUGAAAAGAAUUGUGCAAUGGAACCAUAAGGUUAACAUAAGGAUGAAUAUUGACACUCAAAAUGUCUGCUGCUACUAUUUCAAUGUUGCCUAUGUUGGCAGUUAAGUUAUUGGUUUUAUAAUGGUUUGCACCAAAUGUUUACCUAUUGUUCAUAAUAAAUAGAUCAUGUUUGAAGAAUUUUGCAGUCUUUAGUACCCUCAACUGAUGGGCAGUAAAGUUGAAUUAACGCAACAUUUUAAGUUUAAACUAUAGUUAUCUUAACCAAAACUGCAGUGCCAUUGACUUAUGUUUUCAAUUUAUAAGAAUACACAUAUUCCAGUUUAUCGUAUGUAAUAUUUAAAGUACUUUAAGUUGACACAGCACGUAAGCCCUUAAGUUGAGUAAACUCAACAAAGCCUUGCAGCUGGUUGCUUUACUUUUUUAAGUUUGCUCGGUUUAUCUUUUUUUUACAGUGCAGUUAUGUUUUGGGCACUAAACAGGUGAAACUUCAAGGUCCAAAAAUUCUAUAUUUUCUAUAUUCUUUUGUUUGCUGCUUCAAAAUAAGCAUUCAUUAUGUCUCCCUGAGUUUGAUCAUCCAUUUCCAGACUUUGAAGGACUUUUAUUUUAGCAGGGUUACAGGUCUGUAAUGUUUUUAAUGUUAUUUAAAUAUAAUUUUAAUUUAACUUGAAUGUAAUAUGAAUGUCAAAUAAAUGUAUUUUAAAUUUGCCUAAAUGUAACAAUGUAUUUUCAAUGUAAUAUUAAUGUAAAUGAAACCGACUGACAGGACUGUUUUGUUAGAAACUUUGCAUUUGACUUAUUUUUCAAUUGGUCGAAUUUAUAUUUCAUAAUGUUUGGUCUUUGUUUUUGUAUUUGUUUUAUAUUUAUAGCUUUUAUUUUCUUAGUGUUUGUUUUUUGAAAAAUAUCUCGGUUGUUUUCACCGUGACUGUUGUUACCCGUUUUAUUUUGAAGUUUAUUCUCUUGUGUGUGUCUUCUAUUCUCUUCCUGUCACUUCUUCAAAUGUUCAUGUUUCACGCUGUUGUUUCUUUCUUUGAAGUUUAGAGUUUUAGUUUAAUAUCCUGGCACCUGAAGUAUGAGUCUUUUUAUUUUAAAUGCAUUCUCCUCAUUUUUAAUUAGAACCUUGAUUCUGUUUUUCGAUGUGUUGCUCUGUCAGUAGCGAAUUGAAUGUUAAGUUUCAUCAGAUGAUGAUGACGCUCAAGUUGCUUUGGAAACCAGACAUGUCUGCGUCCACCGCAGUAAAAGUAGUAAAAGGUUUAUGUUUUUUUCCAGAUUGUCAGGAUGUGGCUUCCUCUGUGGUUGCUAUGUGUGUGUCUUUGGUUGCUAAUCAUUACGGAAGUUUGGGCAGCGACUUUCAAACUGGCUCUGAUUGGUCCAUGGUCAUGUGACCCCAUGUUCUCUCGGGCAAUGCCAACGGCAGCAGCUAACCUGGCGCUGUCACGGUUACGGAGCGACAGUAGCCUGAGCAGAGGGUAUUGGUACGAUGUGAAGCUGCUGGAUGAAGACUGCUCCACCUCCAAAGCUCUGACAGAACUUGGAGAGAUGGAGGGUUAUGGCCACGCCUACAUUGGACCAUUUAACCCCGCCCUCUGUCACGCGGCAUCCUUAUUGGCUCAGCACUGGGAGGUGGGGCUUGCAUCUCCAGGCUGUCUAGAUGCUAAUUGGAUGAAUCUGCCGCCCAUCACUCCUCCCAGCAGGGUUCUGUUCACCGUGCUCAAGUUCUUCCAAUGGGCGCAUGUCGGGAUUAUCUCAGCUCCAUCCAACCUAUGGGAGAGCACUGGGCAGGAAGUGGCCUCCGCGCUCCGGGCUAUGGGGCUCCCGAUUGGCCCAGUGGUUACCAUGGAAACGAGGAACAAAGUCGGAGCUCGGAAGGCACUGAAAGUGAUCAGAGAGACCGACAAGGUCAAAGUUGUGAUCAUGUGCAUGAGCUCUCUUCUGAUUGGUGGAGAGGAUCAGAGAGAGCUCCUAUUGGCUGCUCUGGACAUGGGGAUGGUUUCUGAUGGUUAUGUGUUUAUACCAUACGACACUCUGCUGUACGCCAUGCCGUACCAGGACACAGUGUUCCCUCAGCUGACCAACAGCACGCAGCUUCGUCACGCCUACAGCUCCGUGCUGACAGUUACUAUGGCGUCCGACCAGAGUUUCUACGAAGCUUUUCGUCAGGCUCAAAUCAGCCGAGAGAUCCGGUCAGCUGUCGCUGCAACAGAGGUAUCUCCAGUGUUUGGAACUAUCUUCAACAUGGUGUAUUUCGUUGCUAAGGCGGUGGAGGAGCGUCGUCAGGCAGGAGGUGGGCACUGGGUGAUGGGUGACCACCUCAUCCAAUCAGAUGGAGGCUUUGAUUUCCAAGGCUUUAAUCAGGUUUUAUACGGAGGUAAAAAGGGGCGUGGCCUGCAGGCCAGGUACGUGGUGUUGGACAGCGAUGGCGAUCGACUUGUGCCGACACAUUCGCUCGCUCCGACACACACAGACGGGAUGGUCGGUCUGAGACCCCUGAGCCGCUCGUUCAUCUUCCCCGGAGGAAAACCCCCCAAAGCCAGUUUUUGUUGGUUCAGUCCAGAGGAGACGUGCAGCGGCGGUCUCGACAUGGUGACGAUGAUCUUCAUCUUCCUGUUGCUCUGUGCUCUGAUUGGAGCAUUUUUCUACUGGAUCAGGAAGUACAGGAGAUCAACGAACGUCACCAAACUGAUCCUGACUCUGGACGACAUCGUCUUCAUCGACACUCAAGUCAGCAGGAAGAAACUGAACGACGAGUCGAUCAUGAGGAGUCUUCUGGAAAUUAAAACUCCGUUUCGCUCGAUCGCUCGAAGUUACAUCCUGACGUCAGCUGAGAGUUCCAACAUCGGAAUACUGGAGGGCGACUGGGUUUGGAUGAAAAAGAUUCCUGCUGGAAAGACGAUGACAGCUGUCAAUCAAAACACCCAGAGUCUGUUUAACCAUUUACGGGAGAUGAGACAUGAGAACCUGAACUUAUAUCUUGGACUCUUUCUGGACUCUGGGAUCUUCGCUCUCGUGGUUGAACAUUGUCCUCGAGGAAGUUUGGCUGAUCUGCUCGCAGACGCCACCAUGAGGCUGGACUGGAUGUUCAAGUCCUCGCUGCUUAUGGACCUGAUCAAGGGUAUGAAGUAUCUUCAUCUUCGAGGUUUGAGUCACGGUCGACUGAAGUCGACAAACUGUUUAGUUGAUGGACGUUUUGUUCUGAAAAUCACUGAUUACGGACUUCCCAUGAUCCUUCACUCUCAGAGCCUCAGUCUCUCUGAGGAUCCACAAGAGCUGCUGUGGUCCGCCCCGGAGCUUCUGAGGAACUCGGUCCGUGGAGGUUCAUUUGCCGGAGAUGUUUUCAGUUUCUCUAUCAUCAUACAGGAAGUGAUCUCACGCACGCUGCCGUAUGCCAUGAUGGACAUGCCCGCCCACGAGAUCAUGGAGCGUCUAAAGACGCCCCCUCCGCUCUUCAGACCGGUGGUUUCGGUGGAUGAAGCUCCAAGCGAAUGUCUGAGUCUGAUGAACGAAUGUUGGAAUGAAGAUCCGAGUAAGAGACCGAGCUUUGACGACAUUGUCAAACAGUUUCGGGGCAUAAAUCGAGGGAAGCGUGCGAACAUCAUCGACUCCAUGUUGCGGAUGUUGGAGCAGUACAGUUCAAACCUGGAGGAUCUGAUCAGAGAACGAACAGACGAACUGGAGGUCGAGAGGAACAAGACGGAGAAACUGAUUGGACAACUUCUGCCCAAAUCAGUGGCUCAAGCUCUGAAAAAAGGGAAACCCGUUCGACCUGAACAUUAUUCAGAUUCGACUCUUUACUUCAGUGACAUCGUUGGAUUUACAACCAUCUCAGCUCUCAGCGAGCCAAUCGAGGUGGUUGACCUCCUGAAUGACCUCUACACCAUGUUUGAUGCCAUCAUUGCGAGUCAUGACGUCUACAAGGUGGAAACGAUCGGAGACGCCUACAUGGUGGCGUCAGGCGUCCCAAACAGGAAUGGAACCCGACAUGCAGCUGAAGUGGCCAACAUGUCUCUGGACAUCCUGCACUCGAUCGGAGCCUUUAAGAUCAAACACAUGCCUGAGAUCAAAGUGAAGAUACGCAUUGGCCUGCACUCGGGUCCGCUCGUAGCUGGUGUGGUUGGACUCAUGAUGCCCAGGUAUUGUCUGUUUGGAGACACGGUGACCACAGCAUCACACAUGGAAGCCACUGGACUGCCCUAUAGGAUCCACAUCAGUCUGAGCACGAUGAAGGUUCUGACCAGCCUCAAACUGGGAUAUCACUUCGACACCAGGAAAGCUCAGGUGAAGGGCUCGGAGGACACCUAUUGGCUAAUUGGGCAAGAUGGUUUCAGUAAACCUCUUCCUGUUCCUCCAGAUCUGACCGGAGGGGCCAGUAACCAUGGUAUCUGUCUUGAUGAGAUUCCAGUUGAGAGACGUCAAAAAUUUCUGGACCGACAGAAGAUAAAGAAAUAAUUUACAUACACACCAACCCCCCCCACCAUCACACACACCGACUCUACCUCAAACGCUGUGCUUUAAGGACAUUUUCUUAGCCAAUGAAACAUUUUCAUCCAAAUGCAAUAAAACUGGUGGAACCGCAAGAUUUGUAAUUGUUGGGAAAGCAAAAGAAAGUUUUGAACAUAUAAGGGAAAUACAAAUAAUAUAAAUAAGAGUAACAUCUGGAUAGUGAUUGUCUGAUGUCACUUCAUCAGGUUUAUAUUGAACCAGUAAUUUCUGUGCCUCAUGUGGGUCUGAUACUUUAACAUUUUGUCUUUGACUAGCAUGUAGACUGUUGUAUAAACACAAGUUCAAACCGUGGCUCGCCCUCACAUCGUAGAUGCUGAGUGUCACAGUGAUAUUUCUCAAAACUUCAACUUAAAUUCAAACAUUUCUCUGAGUUUCUUCUUCUGAUUGUCGUUCAGCUGUCGACAGGCAUUCAGAAGGAGCGACGGAGGUUGCAGUCACAAUUAAUUUGAAUGUGUUUCAAGCUGAGCAGAGUCAAUGAGGCACUUCAGUUCAUGAUCAGUUGAUUGAACGAUACUAAACUUUACUACAGGAUCAGUAACAUUUUAAUUAAUAUAAUGAUUUAUUCCAUCAGUCAUGUGAUCAGUGUCUUAACUUAAUUUAUUCAGAGAUAAAAUUGUCAGUAUCUUAUUUUUAUAACGAAAGACAAGAACAAAGUGAGAAAAUCUAAAAAACUUGAUAUGAUAUAACAAACUUUGUCCUUUAACCAAGUGUUUGUUGACAUUUAUUCUAAUUAAAAUGUCGACACAGGUGUAGUUCAACAGUCCUGAUUGGUCCAAUAAUGUGUAAAUUCAAGGUAUUGCAAAAAGGUGAUAUCCAGCGAAAUGUGAUUAGUAACUUAAUCUGCAAAUGUUCAUUUAUUCUAGUAUCUCAAUGUCACUGUUGUGUUUGUCAUGUUACCAAGAAAUCAAUAAAAUGUUCAGCCUCUA